AUGUCAUGUGAAAUUCCAAAACCUUCGUUUCGCAUGCAACGAAAAAGUGCCUAAAGUUUGGCCAUUUCUGAAUUAAUUUGCCAAAGACAUUUCUGCAUAACACGAGCAGGCAGAUGUAGCAAUUUUUUAAUUUCAAUUCUGUUCUACGAUUAAUUGGGUAUCUUAUGCGGUUGCCGUGAAUGUUUUUGUUGUGGAUGUUGUCUUUUUUUUCUUAAGAAGCCGCCAAGACAUUUAAGGACUGCUAUAUUGGAUUUAUGGUUAAUAGAGGAAUGAUGAUGAUGACGAUGAUGCCGGCUAAUGUAAGUCCAAAUGAUGAUGCUGCUGCAACUACUUCUGAUGAGCCUCAUCAGAACCAUGUUGCGCUCUGUGAAAAGCAAUUUCAAUUAAAUUCGAACACCUUUUUAGCAAAUUUGCCUUUUGGUUCGCUUGAAACGCUGUGUUGGUCGGACGACGUAAUAAUUGGCAUUUCGUUGCGGCCGAAGUUUGUUUAUCCCCAAUUAGCCGUUUGAUAAUACCUUGGUAUUUUGUUGCACUUUCUUGCCUGUGUUUUGUGUGAAUCGCAUCGAAUCGUAUCGUAUCGAAUGGCAACGUAAGAAGAAGGAAACUUAAGUGUUAAACAAUAGAAUCGCCAACCGAAAGCAAGAGUCGGCAGCAGCUGCAAUCUGAGAAAUUCUAAGAAUUGUUUAAAUAUUAAGAAAAUGAAGAGUGUAUGUGUCAGGCCACCGCCGAACAGUAAUCAUGAAUAUUCACCACCACCACCGUUACCACCUCCUUCGGCGUCGUCACCAUCAUCGUCGGAAUCAUCACGACAGAACGUGUUAACACCAUCAUACGAUAUGAAUGGCUACAGUCGCAAAUCACCAUCAAAGCGUCGUUAUGAAGGAUCCAAGUAUUCAGGAAGUCCCAAAAAGAAACCUAGAACCAGCAAGGAACGUGUACCCCAACCCAAAAACACAGUGGCCAUGUUGAAUGAGCUUCGACAUGGUCUUGUUUACAAGUUGGAAUCACAGACUGGCCCAGUGCAUGCACCACUUUUUACAAUUUCUGUAGAGGUUGAUGGUCAAAAAUAUCUGGGACAAGGUCGAAGUAAAAAAAUCGCUCGCAUCGAAGCGGCCGCAACGGCCUUGCGUAGUUUUAUACAAUUCAAAGAUGGCGCUGUUUUGACACCCCUCAAGCCGGCUUGCAAUUUAGAUUUCACAAGCGAUGAACAUCUGGACAAUGGUACUGGUAUAGAAAUAGACAAAUUGUCAACCACUGAAUUGAUUCUUUAUGUAACGAGCAUUAUGAAGAAAGCUAAACAUAAAGCUAAACUUUGUACAUCCAACAAUUCCUCCACAGACUCCUUGCUUGAGAACAUUAAGUUGAGCAUGCAAAAUUCCAAUAAAAGUCCCCUUAGUGUGGAUGGUCAGAAGAAGGUGCCCGACAAGGGACCUGUUAUGCUGCUAUACGAGCUAUUCACUGAUGUACAUUUUGAUUGCUCAACUGUAGAUGGAGCUCAAAAUAAUUGCCGUUUCAAAAUGACGGUGACAGUUAAUAAUAGUAAAUUUGAUGGCACUGGUCCCUCUAAGAAAUUAGCCAAAAAUGCUGCUGCCAAAGCAGCCUUAGCAUCACUUUGUAACAUUUCCUAUAGUCCCAUGAUGCAUCCCCAGAAGAAUCUUCCCCUGCCCAUGGAUGAUAAGUCCUCGUCCAUGGAAUUGCCUCAAAUACAUGCUGACACCAUUGGUCGUUUGGUCUUGGAGAAGUUUAUGGAAGUCAUCAAAGGCCAAGAAUCAUAUUCACGUCGCAAAGUUUUAGCUGGCAUUGUCAUGACAGAGAAUAUGAAUUUCAAUGAAGCUCAAGUCAUUUCAGUAUCGACUGGUACCAAAUGUGUCAGUGGUGAACAUAUGAGCAUUAAUGGCUCUGUUCUAAAUGAUUCACAUGCUGAAAUUGUUUCACGUCGUUGUUUCAUGAAAUAUUUGUAUGCACAAUUGGAACUACAUUUUAAUCCGGCAACAGCAAAUCAGUCAAUUUUCGUGAGGAACCAAGAAAAUGCGCAAUACCCGUACAAAUUGAAAACCGGUGUACAUUUUCAUCUGUACAUAAACACAGCGCCUUGUGGGGAUGCUCGCAUUUUUAGUCCCCACGAAAAUGACUCGAGUGUUGACAAACACCCAAAUAGAAAAGCGCGUGGUCAGUUGCGUACAAAGAUUGAGUCGGGUGAAGGAACCAUACCCGUCAAGAGCAGUGAUGGCAUACAGACUUGGGAUGGUGUCUUAGAGGGUCAUCGCCUUCUCACCAUGUCAUGUUCUGAUAAAAUUGCCCGCUGGAACAUUGUCGGCAUACAAGGAUCUCUGCUGUCCUCUAUUAUUGAGCCAAUCUAUUUGCAUUCCAUAGUAUUGGGCAGUCUACUCCAUCCCGAGCAUAUGUAUCGUGCCGUCUGUGGACGCAUUGAAAAAUCCAUACAAGGUCUUCCACCACCCUAUCAUUUGAAUAAGCCACGUUUGGCGCAGCUAACCUCAUCGGAGCCCCGAAAUCAGGCCAAAGCUCCCAAUUUCGGUAUCAAUUGGACCGUGGGCGAUACCGAGGUGGAAGUUGUCAAUUCAUUGACUGGCAAAACAGUCAAUAAUCAAAUAUCACGUAUAACGAAACAAAUGUUCUUCAACAAAUAUGGAUCGUUGGUGAAAAAUCUUCCCGGAUUACCGGAUAGAAAGCUGAUAACGGAUUAUGGACAGACCAAGGCCAAAGUUAAAGAUUAUCAGAUUGCCAAACGUGAACUAUUUGCCGCUUUUCGAAGAGAAGAUCUGGGCAAUUGGUUAAAGAAACCACAAGAACAAGAUGAAUUUGCGCUUCCGGAAUGACUGCUUAAAAUCGAAAAUCUUAAACAAAUGACAAAAAUUGUUGUUUUCCAAAGUCAGCAGACAUCUCAACAGCAGCGGCAGCAUCAGCAGCCCUAUCAUCGCUCAACCAACAGAAGGGAGUCAACAAUAACCAUAAGGAUAGAGUUGAUAAUGCAGCUGAUACUGAUGGUGGUGAUGAAGAUAAUGAUGACCGUAAACUUUUAUUAUUAUUAUCAUUAUUAUAAUUUUACAACAACAAUAAUAUGCUAUAAAACAAUUCAAAAUAUUAUAUUAUAUUUAAUAGUUAUAGAACUAAAUAACAAACAACAACAACAACAAAAGCAGCAAGCAAAAGUUAAAGUAGAUGAAGAAACAGAUGAGGAAGAAGAUGAAGAACAACAACAAUAUUUAUUAUUAUUAUUAUUACAAAUUCAAUUAGUACUUAUGAUAAUAACUUUAUUAUUAUUAAUUAAACAACAAUUAUCAGAAAUAUUAUUAGCAAUAUUUCAAUUUAAAACUUUAUUACUAUUACUACAACAACAAGAUGUACAAGAACAUCAAGCAACCGCAGCUGAAGAAGAAGAACAAAAUUUAAUACUUUCACUUGUAUUCGCCGUAGUUGUAGUACCAGAAAACAUAAUGGCUUUUGUAGUUGUUGCAUAUAAAGAAGACGAUAGACACUACCAGCAGUCUUUGCCUUCGCCUAAUCUUCCUACUCAUGCUACUUCUUCUACUCGCUCACCAUUAAGGGCUAAUAAUUUUCCUUCUAAGCAAUACGUAAGUUGUUCCCUUGGUCCAUGUGCUGUUAACUUUAACUUCAUGAUGCUUCAACUUCAACAAAAGACAUUUAAUACAAAUUUUAGAACAAAUUUUACUUACCUUAACAACUCUCCAAAGAAAUGUAUGGCAUUUUUAAAAUUAAGCCAGUUGAGAGUUCAAAUUAAUGCAAUAAGUUUUAACUUUAAAAACUAUGGCCCAGAAGCCAUUUUUGUUGCUCAAGAAGUUUUUCGUGAGAAAAUUCCAAAUUUCUUUAAAGCCAUGGCCCUGGUGGAGAAUUGCCCUCACAACUGGCAAUGCCAUCAAGACAUAGAGGAAAACGAAGAAGAACAACAAUAUAACCAAGAAGAAGAAGAAGAAAUGCUAAAAAACAAAAAUCAUUUAAUAUUAGAAGAAGAUGAGAAGAAGCAGAAGAAUUAUUAUUAUUCUUAUUAUCGAACAAAAGCAAAUUUUAUUAUGUUAUAUAAUAAAUUGAGCUCUAGAAUAUUUCUAGAAUAGAAUGUAGCUAAGAUGCUGGAACUAAGUAAAGCAAGUAUUAUGGCGUUUUAGUCUAAAACAACCCAAAAAACACAUACACACACACAUAACAAUAACAAACAUACACCGAGACACAAACACAGACACAGAAACAUCCAAACAUCACUCAGAAUGACAAUUGGACAGACAGACAUACAAGACAUUAAUAUAAAACACCAUACCACUUAAUUACAUACCCCUCAAAAGGAUUCAACAUAUAAACAGUUAUAAUACAUUAAACAAAUUUAAAUUUGAAUUCAAAAAAUCCGUUACUUUUAUAACGAGAGAUUUAAUGCAGACGAAAGGUUUUUAAUUUGUUUUGUGUAAUUUUGUAGAUUUAAUUUUUCAAAGAAAAUUCAUGUGCAAAUAUUUUUAAAUUUUGUUUUAAGUGUCAUUUUCGUUUUUUUAUGUUUAUUGUCAGUUUUGUAGUAUUUUUUUAUCAUUAUCUAUGCUGAAAAUAAGUUGGAGGUUUUAUAGUUACAGAAUCCCUUUUCUAUUUCUCCUUUUACAUGUAUUAAGGUCUCUUAUACUCAAACUGUGGUUAGAAAUGAGCAUGUGCCUUACUGUCGGGAUAGACCAUUAGAGACGCUUGUCAAAAAACAAAAAGUGGAAAGGCCCCAUGAACAUAUAUAACUGUCGUAAUAAGACAAUUAAAACAACUCUGCAACUUGUUGACUUUUGCUCAAAAGCAGUUGACGACGGGUAAUGCAACGAAUUGAACAAUAGGUCUGUUCGCGAACGACUUCCAGUAAAAAUUUGCCAGUAAAAAUUUGCAGGAGAGGAAGAGCUAUUUUACUCUAUUUAAAAAAUUUGCAAGCAAAAGUGCGCGGACCUGAUUUUUGUUUUGGUUGGUUUUUAUUUGUUUGCUUAGGGAAACAAUUGUUUUAAAAUAAACAAAUAAAAGCGCGGUUCUCAAAUUCAGUUCGGCUCCAAAACAAAGUUUUGAUCCCCAAAUUCAUUUUAGGUCCAAAACCAAGGUUUAGGUCCCUAAACUAUGUUUAGGUUUCAAACCAAGUUUGGUUCCCCAAACUAAAUUAUGGUUCCCAAACUCAGUAGAGGCCCCCAAACUUCCAAACUCAGUUCCAAUCCCGAAACUCAGCGGCCCCGAACACAGUUUAGGCCCCCAAUCUCAGUUUAGAUCCCCCAAUUCGCUUUAGAUCCUCAAACCCAGUUUAGACAUUUUAGAAACUUCCAAAACUCAUGUCCAAUUCCGAAACUCAUUUUAAGUUCUCAAACACAGUUUAGGCCCCCAAUUUCAGUUUAGAUCCCCCAACUCAGUUAAGAUCCUCAGUUUAGUCCACCAAUCUCAGUUUAGACUUCCAAACUAUGUUUUGGUUCCAAAACUCAGUUCCGAUCCCGAAACUCAGUUUAAGUCCCCAAACACAAUUUAGGUCCCCAAACUCAGUAAAGGUACCCAAAUUCAGUAUAUGUCCCCAAACUCAGAACAUGUCCCCAAACCAUGUUUUGGUUACAUAUAUGAUUCUGAAAAUCAGUUUGAAAUCCUCAAGUUUAAUUUAUACUCUUAAACUAAUUUUAAAAAGAAACUUAUGGAUCGAUUAUAGAUUACAACUCGACUACAGCAGCGUUGCCAGGAGAUUCGUUCCGAUCCGGAAACUCAGUUUAAGUCCCCAAACACAAUUUAGGUCCCUAAACUCAGUUAAGGUCCCCAAACUCAGUACAUGUCCCCAAACCAGGUUUUGGUUACAUAUAUGAUUCUGAAAAUCAGUUUAGAAUCCUCUUAAUGGUCGAUUAUAUAUUGCAACUCGACUACAGUUGCGUUGCCAUGAGAUAAAACCUCAAAGUAAAAAUUAGUAUAUAGUUGAAAAUUUUUUCAGUUUCAUUCAAUAUCAGUAUUUUUAAAGCUCAGAUACUAAGAAAUUUGUUAAAAAGUACGUAACUCAAUACAGAAAUGGAAAUUUCUGUAAAAAACUUGGCCGUAGGCAACGCCACUGAAGUUGGGUCCCCAAAUUCAUUUCAGGCCCAAACCAAAGUUAGGUCCCCAAACUAUGUUUAGGUUUCAAACCAAGUUUGGUUCCUCAAAACGAAUUAUGGUUCCCAAACUCAGUUAGGCCCCCAAACUUGCAAAACUCAGUUCAAAUCUCGAAACUCAGUUUAUGUCCCCGAACACAGUUUAGACCCCGAAUUUCAGUUUAGAUUCCCCAAAUCAGUUUAGAUCCUCAAACUAAAUUUUGUCACUUUAGAAACUUCCAAAACUUAGUUUCAAUCCCGAAACUGAGUUCAUGUCCCCAAACACAGUUUAAAUCCCCAAACACAAUUUAGGUCCCCAACCUCAGUUAAGGUCCCCUAAGUGCAUGUCCCCAAACCAUGUUUUGGUUACAUAUAUGAUUCUAAAAAUCAGUUUAGAAUCCUCAAGCUUAAUUUAUACUCUUAAACUAAUUUUAAAAGGAAACUUAUGGAUCGAUUAUAGAUUACAACUCGACUACAGUGGCGUUGCCAGGAGAUCCGUUCCAAUUCGGAAACUCAGUUUAAGUCCCCAAACAUAAUUUAGGUCCCCAAACUCAGUAAAGGUCCGUAAACUCAGUUAAGGUCCCCAAAAUAAGUACAUGUCCGCAAACCAUGUUUUAGUUCCAUAUAUGAUUCUGAACAUUAGUUUAUAUUCUUAAACUAAUUUUAAAAAGAAACUUAUGGAUCGAUUAUAGUUUGCAACUCGACUACAGUUGCGUUGCCGGGGGAUAAAACCACGAAAUAAAAAUUAGUAUAAAGUUGGAAAUUUUUGUUAGUUUCAUUCAAUAUCAGUAUUUUUAAAUUUCAGCUACUAAGAAAUUUGUAAAAAAGUAGGUAUUUCAAUACAGAAAUGAAAAUUUCUGUAAAAAACUUGGCCGUAGGCAAUGCCACUGAAGUUGGGUCCCCAGAUUCAUUUCAGGUCCAAAACCAAAGUUUAGGUCUCCAAACUAUGUUUAGGUUUCAAACCAAGUUUGGUUCCCCAGACCAAAUUAUGGUUCCGAAACUCAGUUAGGCCCCCAAACUUGCAAAACUCAGUUCCAAUCUCGAAACUCAGUUUAUGGCCCCGAACACAGUUUAGGCCCCCCAUAUGAGUUUAGAUACCCCAAAUCAGUUUAGAUCCUCCAACUCAGGACACUUUAGAAACUUCCAAAACUUAGUUCCAAUCCCGAAACUCAGCUUAUGUCCCCAAACACAUUGUAGACCCCCAAUUACAGUUUAGAUCCUCUAGCUCAGUUUAGAUCCUCAAACACUGUUUAGACCACCAAUCUCAGUUUAGAUUUCCAAACUAUGUUUUGGUUUCAAAACUCAGUUCUGAUCCCGAAACUCAGUUUAAGUCCCCAAACACAAUUUAGGUCCCCAAACUCUGUUAAGGUCCCCAAAAUCAUUACAUGUCCCCAAACCAUGUUUUAGUUCCAUACAGCGGUCAAAAAAAGUAUUCAUCAUUCAAUGUUUUUUUUUUUAAUAAGUCUACAAAAGACAAUUGGAAUAAAAACAUAUUAAACUAAUGAUGCAGUAGUGCUUGUGUGAUAUAUAUGUACACAAUUUCAUUGUUUUUAAAGAAAAAAAUAGUAUUUAUUGGAACAAAAAGGGCCAUUUUACAGCUGAACACAAAAAAUUAAACAAAAAAAGUAUUCAUCAUUGCAAAAAAACAAAAAAAAAAAUAACAUAAUUUAAAAAAAUUAA